AUGGGGCGGUCGGAGACUUGGCAUGCGUACAAGCAUGACAAGGAGGCCUGGGUGACUGGGCAGAAUGGCACUUCCAUCGUUUACAUUAACGCCAUAUGCGCUACUUCGCUCGUCUCCUACGCCCUUUGGCUAUGCGUGCGGACAUGUAGGGUGUAUACUUGGAUGCCCUACGGUUGGGACUUUGGCAUUUUGAUUUUGCCGCUCAUGCUGGCAUGUACGGUCUUGGCACAUCGAGUCUACUCCCUUGUUGCUUUGAUACUCAUUUCUGCAGCAGCUUUCGCGAUUGUACGCACGAAUAAGACGUCCAAGCUGCCUUCAGGAGGUCAUCCAAAGACAUGUAUUACGGUGUACCGCGCCUACCUUAUGGUGCUUACCAUCUUUUGUAUCCUGGCUGUCGACUUCCCCAUCUUUCCUCGCUUUUUGGCGAAGUGCGAAACAUGGGGUACGAGUCUGAUGGAUUUGGGAGUGGGGUCUUUCACUUUUUCUCAUGGUCUCGUGUCGCUGCGCUCGACGCGCAGCUCAUGGAGUCGCCUUGCGCGACGCACCGUACCGCUGCUACUUUUGGGUGCCGUGCGAAUCCUGCUCGUCAAGCGCACCGAGUACCCUGAGCAUGUGUCCGAGUAUGGCGUGCACUGGAACUUUUUCAUCACUAUGGGCUUGCUGUUGCCCAUUAUAGAACUGGUGCAGCGUGCAUGGCCCAUGGCGCCAUGGGCUUUAGUGGCUCUCUGCGCAUCGAUCAUGCAUGAAGGUCUAUUGAUGUAUACCCCACUGGGUCCCUGGUCCAUUUCGGACGUGCGCGAUCCAACCAGCUGGGUGUCGCUGAACAAAGAGGGCGUCACCAGCUUGCCGGGCUACGUGUGCAUUGCUCUACUAGGUCUUGACGUGGGACGCACGGUCUUCACUACCACAAGAGAUCGCCGCGAUGUUCAUCGUUCUCUCCUGGUCCGUGCCAUCGCUCUGUGGACCCUCCUUGUUUGCCUCAGGCUCGUGGGCUCGCAAACAAGUCGUCGUAUGGCCAAUAUGCUCUAUGUGCUUUGGUGUGCGGCGUUUAACGUCUCCUUCCUCCUAGGAUUUAUGCUGCUGGAGCACCGACACAGCGACGCCAUGUCGGCGACGCCCCCCCUCUUUGAAAAUAUCAACCGACACUCGCUGGUCCUAUUUCUACUAUCGAACUUGGCUACUGGCGUCGUAAAUUUGCUCGUGUCGACCAUGUAUGCCUCCGUGCCUGAGUCGAUGACGUACCUGUUCCUCUACAUGCUGGCCAUGUGUGGACUCGUGCCUGCCGGCCUUUCCCCCGCAGUCGCUUAG